AUGUCCAACGUGCUUCCUGCCAUAACUUUCGUAAUAGCGUUAUGCUUCAGGCUUGAGAAAGUAAAGAUAACGAGCAUACGCAGUUGGGCCAAGAUAAUUGGGACACUUGCCACGGUGGCCGGGGCCAUGAUCAUGACAUUAGUAACUGGCCCAAAUUUGGGCCUUCCAUGGACCAAACAAGGCCCGGCCCAAGAUCAACACCAUCAAACCCAAGUGACUCUCCAAGACUCGAUCAAGGGUGCAGUCAUGAUCAUCGUCGGAUGUCUGAGUUGGGCCUGUUUCAUUAUCUUGCAGGCAGUCACUUUACGGACAUAUCUAUCUAUGACUGUAUGGGUUUGUUUACUAGCAACUGUGGAGGGUGCGGCCGUGGCCCUUGUCGCGGAGAAUCGGAAUCCGGCGACUUGGGCCAUAAAGUGGGACACCAAGCUUCUUCCAGUUGUCUAUACUGUAAGAUCUAUUUGUCAAUAUAAAUACACCAAAUCAGCAUUGUAA